GGCUGAUGUGAGAACCAGGCCGCAAUCUUUCAAACACCGCCCAUGACAACUUUCAACCCAUGACUGAUCAUAACCAAAGUGAGUCUACGCAGCACCCGGAAUCCAUACUUGAAGGAAAGGUUGUGUUUUUGUUAUUGGACCGCCAUGAAUUCAGCCGGACUGUUGUGCGAAAUCGAGCGGCCGCGUCACCGGCCUUUCCUGAUCGGGGUGAGCGGAGGAACUGCCAGCGGAAAGUCCACAGUGUGCGCCAAAAUCAUGGAGCUUCUGGGUCAGAACAAGGUGGACCAUCGCCAGAGGAAGGUCAUCAUCGUCAGUCAGGACAGUUUCUACCGGGUUCUCACGCCAGAACAAAAGGCUAAAGCUUUAAAGGGCCAGUACAACUUUGACCAUCCAGAUGCAUUUGAUACUGAACUCAUGUGUCAGACUCUGAAGGAUAUAGUAGAAGGGAAAGUGGUGGAGGUUCCCACGUAUGACUUCAUCACCCAUUCCAGGUUGCAGGAGAUAAUCUGUGUGUAUCCCGCUGAUGUGGUGUUGUUUGAGGGGAUUCUGGUAUUCUACACACAGGAAGUGAGAGACAUGUUCCACAUGAAACUGUUUGUUGACACGGAUUCAGACGUACGUCUGUCUCGCAGAGUUCUGCGGGACAUGAGAAGAGGUCGAGAUUUGGAACAGAUACUCACACAAUACACCACGUUUGUUAAACCUGCCUUUGAAGAAUUCUGCCUUCCGACCAAGAAAUAUGCAGAUGUGAUCAUUCCUCGAGGAGUCGAUAACAUGGUGGCAAUAAACCUGAUUGUGCAGCAUAUUCAGGACAUCCUGAACGGUGACAUCUGCAAAUGGCAGCGGGGUUCUGUGAAUGGACAUGCCCAUGGGCAGAGUCAUAAGAGGGGCAUGGUCGAACAAGACGAGAACUCUAGCGGAGGCAACAACCUCCCGAAACGACCACUGCUGGAGCCCAGCACACGACCACAUUAACACACGGGCAUAUGAGUCAAAUGGUUGAAACAUGCCAUUUUUUUUCAGGUUGAAGGAAUGGUUCACCCAAAAAUGAAAAUUCGGUUGUUUACUCACCACUCAUGUUGUUCCAAACCCAUAUGUCAGAAUGUGGCAGGGCAGAGGGCGGGGCCGGGUCGUGAUCCUACACACCCGGUCCCAUAUUAGGCUAAUUAUGCCUCAGUGAGGGUUAAAGGCUGACUGCAAAGGGCCGUGCGAAAGAGAGAUCGUUAGCGGACAUGUCCGUCAUGUGUGUAGGAUCACGACCUGGCCCCGCCCUGCCACACAGACUUUAUUCCGAGGAGCACAAAAGAAGUUGUUUAGCAGAAUGUCUAAGCUUCGCACCUCCACACAAUGAAAGUGAAUGGGGACCAGGGGCUUUCAAAGCUUUAGAAAGGACAAAAAAAAGCAGUUCAUAAAACAUAACGUCAUUUUAGUCAUUCACUGAAAAUCUUCGACAUUUUGCUAAACUUUGGUGUCCCAAGAAGAGAGCGAGUCAGAUGGGUUUGGAACAACAUAUAUUAAUUUAAAAAUGCAUUUUUUUUUUUUGGCUGCUUGAGUUACCUGACUGUCAGCGUGACCUAUGACCUCACUGUUGUAGCUUCUCUCAGAGGAAGACAACUUUUCUGUAAAUGUGAAAUAUUUAACGUUGUACUCUACCUAUUGUCACUAUGACUGCAUUUACAUGUCAAUCUGUAAUGAUGCAUAUGAUAACAGUCGGUAACUGUAAUUGACAUCAAUCUUCCAGUCUCACUGCCGCUCACACGAGUGUAAUUCACAUCUCUCAAAUUACACAAUCAAAUUGUCAAUUACACCUGUAGAAAGUUUUAAAAGCUUCAUGAGGAUUUCCUUACCUAGUGAGUAUUGUAUAAGAUUGCUUUCUAGAAUGUAAACGCUUGUUUGAUGAGAAAAACAAACUUGGGUCACACAAGAAUAAUUAUAGUCAUGACAAUAUCAAGUAUUUAAACAUUUUAAUCUCACCUGCACUGAUUUGUCUUUUUACAUAAUUUAUAGUUCUGAAAUGUGAAUGUUUUAAGAUAUUUCUUCAUUUGUAAUCCAAUUUUGAAAAUCUUUUCCAUGUACAUUUUUUUUUUUUUUAAAUAUUAAAGAAAACAUACUUGCGUGAUGUCUUGCAUCAUUUCUGGAUCAAAAAGCAA